AUGACUUCGCAAUGUAGCACUAGUGUUGAUACAAAUUAUCACGGUUCACAAUUUGUGCGAGACUGGUUAUUGAAAUUUACUAAUGGAAAACUUGAUGUGAAAUUUGAUGCUAUUUUUCCUGCGCUUAUCAAUGGUUUAAAAUAUGAAGGUCGUAAAGAACCGGAAAAUAUUGUUAAAGAUAUUAUAAGUGCUUUGACUUCGACUAAAGAUGAAUCAUGUAAAAUGAAAGAAGAAACAAGAAUGAAAAAAUUGCAAGAUUGUUGUAUUAAAUUAUACACAAAACAGUGUUAUCUUUUUCGUAUUGUUAAUACUGCAUUACGUGAUGAUGAUCGAACAAAACUUGACACGCUGGGUCCAUACUGUUAUCUUGUUUAUAAUUGUAUUGGUCGCCAUACCAAUGAUCAUCAUCUUCUAGAAAUACCUCAUCGAAAUAAAUCUCAUUUGAUGACUGUCUAUCGUGGUGAUUAUGCUCCACGUAAAAUAAUUGAAGAAUAUCGAGAAGCAGUUGGACGAAAAGAAAAAUAUUUCAAAUGGCUUCCAUUCGUUUCGACAUCAGCCGAUCGUCUUAUUGCCGAAGAGUUUGCAUUAAAUGUUUUGUAUAUCAUUGAAGUUGAACGUUAUUUAUCCAUGGAUCAGUAUACGGAUUUAGAGAACAAUACAUAUUUUGAGAGUGAACAAGAAAUCUUAUUAAAACCUGGAACACGGUUUCGAGUGACUAAAGCAGAAUUCGAUAAUAUUUUUGGACGACAAAUUAUCUAUAUAAAAAUUAUUCCAUCGUAUGUAUCCAAUCUACGGUGA